UCGUCUCGCGUGACUGACGUUAAUUUAAAAAAUUACAGAAAAAAAACAAACGAAAAUGUGAGCACAGUGUUUCUCGGUUAUUUUUAAGUUAUUAAUUUAUUAUGAGUGCGUUAUUAUAUCUGAUAUCGUAACUAUUAGAGAUUAUAAACGACAUUGAAUUUCGUAAUCUAAAAAUAAAAGUGAUAGCGAGGCAGGAAAUCCCGCAGGAAAUGAAGACAUACAAGUCGCGAGCUCGCAGACUUUUAAUUUAGUUUCCAUUUGCGAAAAUCAUGGGCACCACGUAUAGAGAGUUGUUUAAAUUGUACGACUUAAUUCAAAGUGGAGAUGCGAGAUCUGUGGAACGAUUUUUGAAUGAAAAUUCUGUAGAUUUAAAUUUGGUAUUGCCGUGUAAAGGCAUUGGGGUGUUACAUUUAGCUGUUGGUAUAGAACCCCUGAAUAAGUCUAAAGAAUGUACAGAAAUUAUUUUAAAGCAUGGUGGAGAUCCAAACUUAAGCAAUGACGAUGGAAUAACCCCUGUCCACAUAGCCGCAAUAUGGGGUAAAGUUGACAAUUUAAAGCUGCUUUUGGGUUGUGGGGGUGACCCAUCCAGAUGUGACUUGGAUGGUAUUUCAGCGUUUGACUAUGCUGUGCGAGAACAGCAGUGGGAAGUAUACGACUAUCUCCAUAAUGUUGUAGAUCAAAGUGAUGACUCCAUUGGAUCCCAAUGUGCAUAUACUCUAGAUUUAGAGCGAAUUCGUGUGACAACAGACCAAAUGGUUGCCGAAUAUGAACCAGUUGACGAACACAGAUUGAACAGCGCAACGGUUAGCAGAAAAUCCGAGAUGAUACGAGAUUGGUGUGACCAGAAUAGUUUAGUGAUUAACAAACUCUACCCUACGAUACUGGGUGAGACAUAUCUACUUGAAAACGAGUCAGAGCCGUGGCGUAACACUGCUUUCAAACAUAUAUUAGACAAUACAAAUAAUAAUCUGGACGAGACAUCAAACACUUUUAAGACUUGCUUAUCAACAAGAAGUGUACAAAUAAGUGGUGUGCAGCCGUUAGAACAAACAAUUGAUAAAACUGGAGUAUCUUGCCAUUGUACAAAUGAUGUCAUGCGACGCGGAAGUGUAUACGAGAAUUUCUCACUACCCGGCUCACCGAACAGCAUCAUUCACAAGAACUAUAACAACAAGACAAGUUUAAAGAAAUGCAAGAAUCAUUCAAACAAUUCGACCGCUAACGAUAUAAUCAAGCUAUCUCGAGACACGCGAUCUGUAUCGACCGACGAAUCACAAGUUAAUUUGGACAGGGUAUUAGCUGUGGCGCAGAAUAAAACAAAUGAAUGGCUGUCGUCUUGUAGUGAUGUAUGCGUUGAUGAUGUUAAAUUAGGCACUAAUACCAGGAGAUCAUCGGCGAGUAGCGGUGUUAGCAGCACCUUCUCGGGGAGUAUAGUGCUAGGUAAUGUGCAAGAGGAAUAUAAAUACGAAGACAAGGAAGAAGACAUUGUUCUUAUUGAAAGGAGGUUACUCGUUACGUCUGUUGUACUUCCUGUUGAAGAAACAGCCGAAACACCAGACCAGACAACUCUAUCGAUUGCCUCGUCUCUCCCUUCCUCGAUGGAGUAUGAUAACAACACACUCAGGGCGGAACUCGUCCGCUUAGGUUUCAAUCCAGGCCCUAUACAAGAUAACACUAAGAUGUUGUACUUAAAAAAACUUCAAGCUUUAAAAAAGAACCCUAUUAUUGUUCAACGUGAUAAUAAAACGUAUAGCGUAGAACUGGAAAAGUCACUCCGAAAUGACGACUGGAUACAAAAUCUAUCUCCGUACAUUGAACUGGAAAACAUAGCGAGGUCGGAUUUCACAAAACUAGACAAGAAAUGGCGGGAAGGCAACGCGAAAACAUCGUUUACAUACCUCCUCCUCGACCCGAGGGUGACGGCUAACUUGCCUGCCAAAGCUGGGAGACAGAACCCUUACUCGUCGUGGAGUACUUUUAUAAACUCUAUCUUUUAUGUUGGAAAAGGUAAACGCUCUAGACCGUAUUCACACCUAUAUCAAGCUCUCAUUCUUUGGAAGAAAAAUUUCAAAAAAUCCGGUGAUAAAAAAGUUCAACACAUCCUCGACAUAUGGUCUGACCAAGUUGGUGUUAUAUGUCUGCACGUAUUCCAAAACGUUAUUCCCGCCGAAGCGUACACGUACGAAGCCGCCAUGAUUGACGUCAUUGGCCUUCCAAAUUUGAAAAAUUUAAAGACUGGCAACUAUUAUGGUGUCGCGUCAUCGUGGCCGCACAGGGAACGUCGUAUGCUAGGCUUAUAUCUUUUAUAUAAAGCAAUGCUAAUAUUUCUUUGCGAAGGAGAAAGGCAAUUGAGACCUGACGAUAUAUAGACUGAUAUUUAAUUUUUAUUUUCAAUUAAUAUUUAUAAAUAUUUUAGCUAACUAAUAAUUUAAAGCCUGAAUAGACCAAAUACUAUAAGCAGGGUUUGCAUUUGUACAUAAGCAGUGAAACGAUCGAACUUCUACCAAAUUUUCUUGGCACGUCUAUAGUGUGCUUUAAAAUUGAUACUGUAAAAUGUUGAAUGAUGUAAAUUUCAUUCCGCUCUCUUUAAUAUUAAAUAAAUGUACAUCCAUUUUCGAUGUUAAAGUAUUCUCAUAUGUAUAUAUAUAUCAAGAUUUCAGGGUUGUGCAACACGUGUGAAAAUCUAUUAGUAACAUAUAAGUUACAGGAUAUUUUUGAGUAUUUUUAUAAUUAUUGUAUUAUAGUUAUAAACCAUUUUAUAAGAGGUUGUAACAUUUUAACAAUAUUCGUACUUAAAUGUGACAUUAGCCACAGUAGGUAUAUAUACUACACAUCUCGGUAUUAUAAUAGUGAUUAUAAUAAAAUUAUGAUAAAUACUCGUGACGUUCGCUACAACUAAAAUUCUAACGACUAACUGUUUACGAUUCCCUCAAACGAGAUAUUGGCGUGUAAUGUAUUGAACGCAUCUAAUACACGCCACUAUAAAAAAUUAGAUCCGUUAAGAGAGAUUUCCAAAAAAAUGUGGCCGUCACGAAACGAUUGGCAGAGAUGUGAAACAUUGAAAUUAUUAUAGAAAUAAUCUAUAUUAAUUAAAGAAAAACAAUAAUAAAAUAAAAAUAAGUUCCGUUAGAACAAUAUUUAACUUAUUACUAUAAAGAGUAGUAAAGUAUAUUGUAUAUGCGCUACGCACAUCCAAGGGAGUAGAGAACAGUGGCGGAGAUCGUAUGACGUCAUAAGAGAGCGUCAUGACGUUUGCCGUCAAGGCAUACGAGUCAUUCAUACCUUCGAGCGCGUCAAUAGACGUUUAAAGAAACCUUGCUUAAGUGUAACCUUUUAUACCAUUAACAAUCUUGCCAAACCUAUUUUUUUGUACCUUUUUACUCUAACAAAUAGUAGCCAAAGAUGACUAUGACUGUAUUCAUAAUAUUGUACUUUUAAAUAUUUUUCUUAUAAAUUUUGUACCCUAUUCUUAGGUAUAAUUUCAAUCAGUAUUUUUUUUAAUUUAAUGUAUUACCUUUAUGAAUUACUAACUAAUAAUUAUUUUCGUAUUUCAUUGUUACCACAUAUGUUUUAAAUUAAAUUAUUCCCUAUGUUAUCGAUUUAAGAUCUCAAAAUUAUCUGUAAUUUGUACACUUUUAAAAUAUCUUUCUGUAAGUGA